AUGUGGCUGCUGACAUUGUUUGCAUGUUUGUUCGUGGUUCUGUACUCGUUCGUAGCAGUCAACAGAUACUUCUCCUUCAAGUUGCACAAGAACACAUACCCACUAACGUUGACAAUUCUUACGCUUAAUAUGGUGAUGUUAUUGUUCACUACGUACCUCCUGCCGUUGGAUAUAUUUGAUGCUACCAAAGCUGCAAGCUCCGAAUCUCCUUCGCCGUCUGGAAACGGCACAGAACAAUCAAUUGAACCUCGGCCAAGUGGAUUAGCGUCAAUUAAUAGUGCUAAUGAGGUAACUCACAACUUCCGAGUUGCUUGGUUGUUGGUUUAUUGGCUGGAAUUCGCCAUAUGUUGGUUUAUCAUACCAGUAUUGAUCUCGUAUUGUGGCCUGAAAUACGCUUUCGCCAGAAACCAGUCCGGUUCGCAUCAUAGAUCGCCAAUACUGGAACGUUUGACCCGAGCUGUUUUUCAAAAUCUCAAAUUUUACCUACUUUGCCUGUUGGGCUUGAUUUGUGGGUUGGUUUACUUGGUUGCUAGUACAGGGCACGGCCUAGGGGACUUCAAGCCUCUUAUCAUAUCACUUUCGCACCUGUAUUCUCUGAGUUAUACACUGAUAUUGCUUUCGACAGGGUUGAUUAUUUUCCCCAAGAAUUUGAUUUCAACUGGAAGACUACCUAACAAUGAUACCAUAAAUCGUUAUUUCGUUGAACUGAGUAAAACAAAUGAUGAUUUGAAUGAAAGUCAGAUGAAUAUGCUGGAAAUUGCUGAGAAGAUUUUGCAUAGCUCAGAAUCGAACAAUGGUGAUGUCGUUUUCGAUCAAAUGUUGAACGAAUGUAAACUGGAAGUGCAGGGAAUACUUAAUGAGGUACAGCUAUCAAUUUCUAACCAUUUUUCAGGUUCAAAUUCUUCGCACAUCAAUAAUCUGCAUAAGUUGAACAACAAUUACAACAACUUCAUGACAAAUUACUACAGUUUUCUCCAUUAUCAGACCCAUUCAAAUUCUAUCAUACACAUAUUGGCUCAGUCACAAUCCCUAAACAGCACCCCUUCAACCUCUUCCGUUUGGAAAUAUACCAAGAGCAUUCUGAUACUCCCCUUGAGUCUCAUUUCCAUUGCAUUGUCCCUACUAGUCGUCUUUUUGGAAAUGACUCCUUCUAAAUGGGGCCACGGUUGGAUUUUUGAUGGUACUCAUUGGUACAAUUUUUGCCUCCAGUUUAUCAUCUUCACGUACAAUACCCUCGUAUCUCUCUACGCUAUGAGCAAAUUUAAAUUUAGCAACUUUCACCUCAUCCCGAAUGGCCGAAGUAAUCCAACAAACGCAUUGUAUUACUCGCUCUACUCUAGCAGACUAUUGUUCCCCCUUUGUUUCAACCUAAUGGUGCUCAUACCGUCCAAAACUGAACAUAGAGGAAAGAGCAGCUUCGAAAAGACUCUUUACGACAACCUGACCGUUAUUCCCCUUGCUGACUACUUGAACCGUUAUUUGCCCACGAUUAUAAUGGCCAUAAUAAUAGUAAGUUACAAAUUUAACAUUAAGCAGAAAGUGCUGCUCAAGGUCCUAGGUGAAGAGUAUUACUACCAGUUUUUCGGUAUGAUGAUGUAUGAGCCGGUGGGUGACUCGGACUCAAUGCAACGAAAUGAUGCUAGAAGUGAUUCACUCUUGCCAGAUGCUGAUAAUGGCUUCGGCGACCGUUCAAGGAUGGAUGAAGAUUACGAAUACUCGCUGCAGGACGGUAGAUGUCUCUUUGAAAGAGCAUCUAGCAAUUACAAUAUGUCCACCAAUGAAGAGCACGAAUCACAGGACAACAAUAGUAGCUUGAGAUCUUACUUAUAG